CAAGACAGCAAAAGAGAUAGCUAAUCUUAUAGUAGCUGAAAUUGAAGGUGGGGAUGAUUAUUCGUGGAACUUUCUAAAAGCGGAAAUGUCGAAAAAAUUCAGAAACACAAUUGGCAGAUUUUAUUAUGCUUGUUGUCAGUUGAAAGAGGUGCAAUGUGAAAAUUAUAAAGAUUCCAACUGA